AUAUGCGUCACAGUUACUGCGACCGGUGUUUACAUGCAGUCAUCCACACAGAUACGGGUAAACCUAAGAAACAAAAAAAUAAGCCACUUAUUUAGUUAUGGAGUUGGAACAGGCAAAUAAUAAGGAUGAGGUGGUCCCCACUGAACCAAAUAAGGAAGAGGUGGUAAAUAAUGAUGAGGUGGUCCCCAGUAUGCCAAAUAAGGAUGAGGUGGUAACUCAGGAUGAGGUGGUCCCCAGUAAGCCAAAUAAGGAUGAGGUGGAAAAUAAGGAUGAGGUGGUCCCCACCAAGCCCUUAACUACGAAUACAUCUCGCUCAAAGAAACAAGACAAGAAACGACCAGAUGCAUCCAAAGACAAAGCCCAAACCGAAGAAGAAACAAAACCCAGACCUAGGCCUAAAUACUCAGAUAAAUCCAGGAAAAAUAAGAAAAACAAAUCUGGGCAAGAGAAUAAAACUGAAGCUGUGGUUGAGGACACUAAAGUAGAGGAAUCUCAAGGCACAGAGGAGCCGUUGGAUGAAGACCACACAUUAACUAAGCAGGAAGGUACAACUGAGAUUAGGUCUGAAAUGGAAAUAUUGGCCUUAAAUUCAGAAAAUGAAGAGGAUAGUUGGGAUACCCUGUUCAACGACGACGGAGAUUGCCUUGAGGAGGGAAAAGGCAGGAAGAAGAAAAAUGUCCAAGACCCCGAGUUUGACUACUACAAUAUGGACCGAGAGGCGGAUGAGGAACUUGAAAUGACGGACGACGAACUGUCUCACAUCGUUGAAAUCUACGACUUUUCACAAGAGUUCAAGACCGAGGACCUUCUCAAGCUGUUCGAAUCCAGCCAGCUGAAAGGCCUUGACAUCCAUUGGGUGGAUGAAAGUCAUGCUCUCGCUCUGUUCUCCAGCGCUGUAGGAGCCCGGGAUGCCCUGAGAUCCAAACAGCCACUCUUAAAGGUGCGCCCUCUCUCCAAGUCCUCUGCAGCCACCAAGGCCAAGGCUCGGAGCUGCUCAGACUACCUGCUGCCCGCUAAGGAGAGACCCCCGACCAGCGCGAUGCUGGCCCGCAGGAUGGUGAUGGGAGCCCUUGGGGUGAAGAGCCCCCAGAGCAAGGAAGAUCGCGACGCCGAGAAGAAGAAGAUCCAGGAGGCCCGAGAUCAAAAGCGCAUGGCCGCCAAACAGCGGGAAGACGCCUGGGAGGGAAAGUGAGCGAGGAAUCCGGGGCCCUCGUGUUCUCCACCGGACAGAAAGCAGCCCUCGCACCCUUGCUCCUUUUCCUCUUUAUCACCGGCCACGUAAUGGGCAGUCUCCAUACCAUAGCUCUCCACUAUGGACCAUAUAAAAACCGGACUCUAUACUUUGCGCUCUGCCCACCUCCUUCUCUCCCAGCUGGAGAACAUUUUAUUAUCUAACUCAGCCCUGGUUUUUACUCGCAGGACAGCUCUCUACUCGCCAGGGCGGGAGUGGGUAGUCGCCCAAGCCCUGGUGCGUUUUUAGCGUCUCCACUGAUCCGGGCAGAGGGCUUGGGCUCCACUCUUGCUCUCUAUGUGGAGCCUGGUUCCCCCGUUGCAUAAACAUUGCUGGUGCUGUACACCGAACCGUGAGUGUUUUAGGUUACGCUGUACGGAGUGAUAACGUCGGAUCUAGAUAGGAUCCGUCUUUAUCAUAUCAAUUGUAACUGAUCUUUAUGAAGUAGGCCCUCUUGGAUCAGCCAUCUUCUGAGGUUUUAAACCAACCCUUUUUUCCGGAUCAAUCAUGGCUUUGCAAGGAAGAUCCAUAUGAAAUUGUAAAAAAGUGCAGGUUCCUUUUUUUUUUAUCCAUUAUUAAAUUAUCCUUUCAAGCUUUUUUUUGGUAGAGAUCCAUUUCGAGUCUUUGCUUCAUUCUGGGCAUUCCAAACGAAAAUAAGCUAUUUUCACCAACAACCUGUUAUUUUGUCAUUUAACAUUGGUGUCGGCAUGUUGAGUGAGUGACCACACAAAUAGAAAAUAGUUUUUUAAGACGAGUUACCUCUUAUUAUUUUGUUAUCGUAAACACCUCCUUGUAAUUGUGUGCAUUGCUUUCUAAUUAGGACGCCAUUCUGGGAAAACUCAGGUCACAGAAGUCUGGAUUCAUUAGAUCAAGAAACUGAUGCAGUGCAAUAAUACUAUGGUUUAGCUUCAGAGCCAGCUUAGCUUUUUCAGUCAUUUAGAAUUGAGUAGUUUCUAUGUUAACCAAAUUACUGAAGAAUAGACGGUGCUCUGUUCGUCUCAGUGCUUCAUGCUUUUUGAAACAUCCUUUAAAAUGUAUCUUCACUUAUUGUUUCUUCAAUGUUAUUUUUCUUGUUUGUGCAAAAGUCUGAUUAAAACAAAUGUCUAAUGAUA